AUGGACCAGCUGAAUAUAAAGAAGCCCCAGGUUUCUAUCUUACGGGAGCGCUGUAAACCGCAAGCAGUUACGGACGUUGUUCGACCAACGACAUAUCCGCUUCUUGGCCUACCGGAGGUCUCAGGCACGGAUAGAACCAGUGUGUACAACCGGAUCUUCGAAAUAUGCAAAGCUGCACGAAAGCGUCGGGCAGACUUUGAGGCAAGAAUUGCGGCCACCACGUCUCUACCGCCAUCUGCCCGAGAUCAGGAAUUAGAGGUGAGGACGCUGAUCAAGUCCGACCUUAUUGCAUUUACCGACGGACUCUUGAGCAACGAAGAGUUAAUACGGGCAUUUCCACCAUUCAAUAGUCCCGCUGGCACGGCGCCGAAGCGCCCGCUUCUAGCGACUGACAACACCUCCAAUGCUCCCGACUGA